AUGUCCAAAAAAUCCAGCAAGGCCAAGAACAAGCCGAGACCACCGACAAGCCCGGGGUCCAAGCGCGAAGAUCCUGCCGUUGAACAGAGGGCACUCCCAUCUGAGCAGCCAGAGCCCUCUGAUCAGAAGGAACUGUAUCCUGAAAAGAAGGAGGAGCCCUCGUCUUCCCAGACGGAACCCUCCGAGAAAAAGGAGUCUCCAUCUGAGCAGAAAAAGGCUUCUCCUGAACAGAAGGAAUCUCAGCCCGAGCUGAAGCCCGAAACGAAGGAUCUUCCAGCUGGUCCAUCAGAGCCUUCGGCCGGAGAGCAGAAUCCUCCAUCUGAGCAGCCUGCUAACACUUCUCCGCCUAGUGCUCCCACGGACACUCGUCCUACUGGCGGCCGUAAGGGCAAGACCGACGAUGAGCUCUCCGGCGUCACCGACAAGGUUGGCGAUGUUGUCCCCGGCGGUCUUCCCAACGCUGGCUUGCAGAUUCCCGGUGCUCCCGUCGGGGAGGAGGACAAGAGCAGCUUAAAGAUCAAGAUUCACCUCAACAUCCACGCCAAGGUCCGCCUGGAACUCGAUGCUCAGAUUUACGGUGACAUUGUCAUUGGUCUGCUGUAA